UCCUAUUCUCUGCUGUGCUGCAAGACCAAGACUAAUCAAGCACAAUGAACCAAAAGGUGGUACUGAUCACAGGCUGCUCUUCUGGCAUUGGUCUUGCUCUGGCUAGCCGCAUCGCAAAAGAUGAGAAGAAGCGCUUCAUGGUCUAUGGCACCAUGAGGAACCUGAGCAAGGCAGAACCGCUGAUUGAGGCAGCCGGUCGGACACUGGGCAGAACUUUGGAGAUAAAGCAGCUGGAUGUGUGCAAUGAAGACUCCAUCAAAGCCUGCGUGGAAAGCUUGCCUGAGCGCAGGGUGGACAUUCUCAUAAGUAAUGCUGGGAUGGGUUUAAUCGGACCAAUUGAGUGUCAAUCUAUUGAUGAGAUGAAGACUGUCAUGGACACCAACUUCUUCGGACUUGUGCGAUUACUGAAAGAAAUUCUACCAGACAUGAAGAGGAGGAAGAAAGGCCACAUUGUUGUCAUUAGCAGUGUCAUGGGCAUUCAAGGAAUUUUAUUCAAUGAUGUAUAUGCGGCAUCCAAGUUUGCAGUGGAAGGCUUUUGUGAAAGUUUGGCAGUACAAGCCUUGAGGUUUAAUUUGAACAUCAGUUUGAUAGAGCCAGGUCCAGUAAUAACAGAGUUUGAACGAAAGGUUUAUGAUGAAGGGCUGAAGACUGAUCUCAGAAAAGCUGACAAAGUGACAGCUGACAUGUUUACAAAUAUCUACCUGAAGAAUUACAAACAAAUCUUUGAAACCCUUGGGCAAACUGCUGAGGAUAUCGCAGAGCAUACCCACAAGAUCAUUACCAUGGAAGAUCCCCCUUUCCGUCAUCAGACAAAUACUCUUUACACACCCAUGACCACACUCAAAUAUGCUGACCCCAAUGGUGACCUCCCAAUUGAUACUUUUUACAAAAUGGUGUUUGAACAUGACAAAGUCUUCAGUGCAAGCUUAAACUUUCUCAAACUAUUACGCUGGAGAAGUCGAAAGAGUUUUACUUUGGAAAAAGACAAGAGCAGCUAAGUUUUUAUUUUACAUUAUUCAUUUGGUUGUUUUGAAUGAAUACUGAAACAAAUAAAAUCAUUUUCGUGAAUAAUAGUAAAAAUGUACUUUUUUUAAACCAUAUUUCUGUAAGGUUUUGCCAGAAUGUCAAACCACACUACCACACUUCCAGAUUCAAAAGGCGACCACAACUGUCUUUAGUUAUAGCAACAAUUAGUGAACAGUUUGUAAAAACAUGGUGGAUAAAGCAUUGAAAUAAAGCAAGACUGCUUAAAUGUGCUUUGUGAAAGUAUUCCUUUUGGUCUGAUAUUGACAUAUUGUGUUUGUUAUUAUAUAUGUACACACACAUAUAC